AUGGCUGUCAGCGUAGCAAAGGACAGAGGCUGGUUUAAAACGUACACGCCCUUCAAAUCAACAGUAAAUUCCUCGCCCUUCUUCGGCCCGCACACGCAAACUCCCGUGCUGGGAAUCGGUACCGUCGAAAUCCCCACCAAACGCUCUCCGAAUGCUUCAGGUGUAUCUUCGCAUCGAUCUCUCAUUCUUCACGAGGUCUUGCACGUGCCUGACUUUAUUUGCAACACCAUUGGGCAACCACUCAUGUACACUGAUGGAUACAACGUAGUGACAUUCGGCGGCAAAAGCGGAAAGCACAAAGGCACCAUCAAAGACAGCAAGGGUAAAAACGCUGCCUAUUUCGCCUCUAAAAGCCCAUUGUUCGGUAUCAAAGUGCGCCGGUCACCGAACGGGCCAAGGCUCGGUCCGUACGCGCUCAAGAAGGACGUGAUGUACGUGCUAGGCUGCCGAUGGGACGAUGCCGAGAGGCGUAAGUGGGAAGAAUUCAAAGCCAGAGAUGGACUCAUCACUCCGGAGCCAAAUGCUGCGCCUUACACGGCCGAAGAAACUUCGUUCCUCAAGAAACACUAUCGCUCUGAAUAUCACUUCUUGAGACAGCACGGGCUCAGUAUCUACAAAGAAGAAGACCGCGAAGAGGGACGGGUGAUUUUACGCGCCAUCAUGCGUGAGGACGAGAUGUCCGAGCUGGGAGGGUCCGGGGAUGAGGAGGAUGAUUUUGAUUUGUCACGUCUCGAAGGCCAUCAGGCAGACUACAACUUCACGGAACGCCAGCUUGAUUGGAUCGAACAGUACUAUGGCAAUUCGGAGCAGUUCAUGAUUUCGUAUGGACUCAAGUUCUACCGUGAAGAGGAUCUUGAGGAGGCAAAGGCCAUUGUGGAUGUCAUGAUGGAUGGAGAUGAUUAG